AUGAUCGGCAAGACAAUGAUGAUCGCGUUCUGUGUCGCUCUUUCGGCAGCCGAGAUGGAUAUCGUCACGCCGGAAACGGGCGCACUCGUCUCGGCCUGCAAACCAAUCGAUGUCGACGUUGCCGACAUCCCUACAACGGCGGACAAGAUCAGUUGGCAUCUCAUGCGCGACGGUCAGACACAGGCAUCCGGGAAUGUUCCUCUGGCUGCUGCCUUUCAAGCAGAUCUUCCCUGGCCUGCAAAGGUCGCAGAGAAGCAGCGCGCAGGAGAAUGGGAGUUCGUGCUCGUAGCAGAGGGCAAGGCGCCCGCCAAGCAGUCUCACAAAUUUAAAGCCGUGCCUUGCUGA